UUAUUCGAUGGCCGACGGUGCCGUCACGGUGGUGAUGGGCAGGACGCGCUAGUACAACAAAUGCACCUCCAGCACACCUUCCGUGGAGGCGAACGCUGCGCGAGGCUCGCUGGUUUUGCGAAACGACCGGAUCGGCGAACGCGUCGAGUGCGUCGGGAGAAAAAGGCUGUUUGGACCCGGUUUUCGGCAUCAGAAGGGCUUCGGCAGCCGCAGGUCGAACAGUGCAGCAGUGCCCGCUGCAGCGUCAGUUAAUAUGUGCAAUCGGAUGUGCGCGUACGUGCAACGGUUGGCACUGUUCGGGUUCUGCAUCGUGGCGUUCAGCGUGUUCUGGUGGUGCUUCUUCUGCAGCAUCUACGUCGUCAUGUUUGGCGAUGCGUUAACGGGCCCGUCCGCGACCACUGAUCGUGGCACCGCUCAAAACACUGCCCGGGUUGGCAUGAUGGCCAGCUCCGACGACGGUCACUUUGGUUCGUCGUGGGCUUAAGCUGUGUAGCGUGUGUGUGUGUUUUGUCCUGCACACAAGGGACAGUGUUGAUCAAGUGCUCUAGGGCGUACAGUAACGAACAAACGUAACGCAUCCGGGACAGCGAACCAAACGGUGCUAGCGAUAAGCAUCGAACGGCAUCCGGGGACGCGACAAGUGCCAAAAAGUGUGGUUGUGAGUGAGAUCCGCGUGAUUCGGCUUUUGUUGAUCGUCGGCCAGUGUAUUUUUUUUGUUGGCGCUGAAGAUAUCGUCAAAAAGAAAAAAGAAACCAAAACAAAGCAGCGAGAAGAUCAAACGGCGACGCACAGAAGACCAGAAGAGAGCGUGCGAGCAAAUGAAGUUAUUAGGCGGGAAAUAAUAAUCAUCGUCGCGGGUUUUCGGCGCCAGCACGCGAGGAAUGUGUUUGGUGAGUCAAUUUGGCGAGUGAGUUAAAAUGUGUAUGUGUGAGUUUGUGUGUGAUGGUAGCGUUUUGGCUUAGCGUUAUCAGCGAAUGAGGUGGUAUCGCUAUUACUGAGCGGUCUUCACGCGACUUGUUGCAACGUUCCCAACGCGUUUACAAGAAGCUGGUAUAUUGUGAGGUUGUGCAGGCAAUAAAAUUGCCCCUUAAAUGUGUGCAACAGAAUUCGAUAAGAAAACCGCAAAGAGGCUAGACUUGUAGAAUAAUCACAAUAAUAACAAUAAAGUGAUCGUGAAGAUAUAGUACGACUCAUUUGACCACUUGUCAUAGCAUCAAGAUCAACCCACAACAAAAUAGCAGAAAAUUGUGAACGACGGUACGAUUCAGAUCGUUAAAAAUGAAGGAUGCUCACACAACUUAGCACUCGCGUUGGGCAACAUGAUUCCAAGUUUGCAAGCAGCAGCAGCAGCAGCAGUAGCAGCAGCAGCAACACCAGGAAUACCAAAACAUUGUCUACCUUCAUCGCGCCAAGCCACAACAUUACGAUAGCCAACGAUCGACUGAGUGGUGCACAAUUAUCCGCAGCUAGCAACGCAGUGAAACGAGUGAAUUCUCUAAGCGCUUGGAGCUUAGAAGCAGAAAGUGUUUCGAUGAUCGACGACGAAAUGCAGGUGAUCGACACGAUCGAUCAGAGCUACUGGAAUGGAAAGUUUGUCCCACCACCACCGAGACCGCAGUUCCUUGAGGAGUCCAUUGCACCGGACGGUCUUACCACCUGUGAUCUCUGCUCAUGGGCCUGGCAGGACAAGGGUACACUAUCUCUCGACGGAGCGAUCAAGGAAAUUUUUUCGUCUUCAGACACGAAGGAAUUUAAUUGGACCUUCGCGCUGAUAGUAGUCUCGUUAACAUCGGCUUUUCUCGGUGCCAUAAUAAUGAUAGUAUUUCUUAGAUGUAAAAGGAUUCGAACCAAUCAGCAUGGACUUCGGUCGCUGUGUUUCGAUUCCAGUAGUACAAAGGACACCAGUGGGUUGAAUUUUGAUAACCAAACAUCGAAAAACUCGACCAACGGGUCAUGCAGCCCUCGUAGUACAAAUUCCGGCCUGUGGACGUGGUUCAGCAGCCGCAAGAAUCUAUCAACGCCGGACCAGCUGGUGAACUCCCACACGCUGCCGGUGGAGAACCACUACACGCACAUGGACGACAAUAACUACAAUCCGGUGCAGAUCGAUGAGGCGUCCUACGCGGAAGUGGGAAACGAGAUCGGUCCGUCAGAAACUACCUCCUACAAAUCAGGCUCCGUACAGCAUGGUACAGACAACGACAUUCUAAUCAUGAACUGCCCGUUACCAGCAAUACCGACCGGAUCACAUAGUGCGGGCGGAGGGGCUAGCGGAUCCGGCAGUGCGUACUACUCCGGCCUGCUGAACAACGCGAAUAUGGCCGGCGGUGAGGACGAGGACGAGCGGCCGUACGAGAUUGUCGAUUUGAAGGAGAUGUCAUCGCCUCACAAAAAUCAUAACGUACAAAGCCACUUUCUGAACGAGACGAACAAUUUGCUGACGAUUGAGAAACAUUCCGAAACGCUGCCGGAAGGGACGAUAAGUGCGUCAGACUAUGUUUGAUAAUGUUAGGGUGUAACUCGUUGAAGGGAAACAAAUCAACACAAAAUGACAAAAAAAA